CCGGCGUGCUCCGCUGUGGGAGAGCCGGAGUCGACAAUAACAAACCCAGCUGCGGCGCUUCGCCCGGCCCUGCCGAGUCCUCGGCGCUGCUUCGGGGUCCCGCAGCCGCCCGGGCUCCUCGGCUCUGCCCGGUCGCGGUCCCCUACGUCACCCCGACCCCCGACUCCCGGCCCACCGACUCCCGGCCCUCCGACUCCGAGCCGAGGGGCCUGGCUGCGUCCUUCUCUCCCUUGACCCCUCCCUGGCGCUCCGAGUUCGGGGCCGCGGCGGGCGUUCGGGCGCCCGAGACGCCGACGGUUGUGUCGGUUGGCGGCGCCGAAUGGGCGGUUGGUAGCCGCCGCCGAGGACGAGGCGGCGGCAGAAGAUGGUGCCGGGGGUCGCCGGCUCUGCUGCUGCUGCCGCCGGCGGAGGAGGUGGCGCUGCCGGUUCUCUGAGUUUAACCAAUAAUGCCAGCCAGUUGCCAAUAUCAAGCGGAGCAAACAUAAGCCAGUUUUAAUAUUUUAAGAAAAGUGAUAGUGCUUUUCAUAGUGCCUGACACGAACUGUAUCAGACCAGAGGGUGAGGUAUAAGCUCAGAGAAUCCAGAGAAAACCAUCAUGAAGUUAUAUGUAUUUCUGGUCAACACUGGAACAACUCUGACAUUUGAUACUGAACUUACAGUGCAGACUGUGGCAGACCUUAAGUAUGCUAUUCAAAGCAAAUACAAGAUUGCUAUUCAGCACCAGGUGCUGGUGGUCAACGGAGGAGAGUGCAUGGCUGCAGAUAGAAGAGUGUGUACCUACAGCGCUGGGACGGACACAAAUCCAAUUUUUCUUUUUAACAAAGAAAUGAUCUUAUGUGAACGUGCACCUGCUAUUCCUAAAACUACCUUUUCAACAGAAAAUGACAUGGAAAUAAAAGUUGAAGAAUCUCUUAUGAUGCCUGCAGUUUUUCACACUGUUGCUUCGAGAACACAGCUUGCAGUGGAAAUGUAUGAAGUUGCCAAGAAACUCUGUUCUUUCUGUGAAGGUCUUGUCCAUGAUGAACAUCUUCAACACCAAGGCUGGGCUGCAAUCAUGGCCAAUCUGGAAGACUGCUCAAAUUCAUACCAGAAGCUACUUUUCAAGUUUGAAAGUAUUUAUUCAGAUUAUCUGCAAUCCAUAGAAGACAUCAAGUUAAAACUUACUCAUUUAGGAACUGCUGUUUCAGUAAUGGCCAAGAUUCCACUGUUGGAGUGUCUGACCAGACAUAGUUACAGGGAAUGUUUGGGAAGACUGGAUUCUUUAAAUGAACAUGAAGGCUCAGAAAAGGCUGAGAUGAAAAGAUCUUCUGAACUGGUGCUCUCUCCUGAUAUGCCUAGAACAACUAACACAUCGUUGUUAACCUCAUUUCACAAGUCAGUGGAACAUGUAGCUUCAGAUGCCACAGAUACUGAAAGUGGCAAAGAAAUUAAGGAAUCGUGUCAAAGUACGAUCCAACAAGAUGAACCUUCAGUAGCUGCUAAAGACAGUGAUCUGCCCUUUUUUAAUGUUUCUUUGUUAGAUUGGAUAAAUGUUCAAGAUAGACCUAAUGAUGUAGAAUCUUUGGUCAGGAAAUGCUUUGAUUCUAUGAGCAGGCUUGACCCAAAGAUUAUUCAGCCUUUUAUAAAGGAAUGCCGUCAAACCAUUGUCAAACUUGAUAAUCAGAAUAUGAAAGCUAUUAAAGGGCUUGAAGAUCGACUGUAUGCUCUGGACCAGAUGAUUGCUAGCUGUGGCCGGCUGGUGAAUGAACAGAAAGAGCUCGCUCAGGGAUUUUUAGCUAACCAGAUGAGAGCUGAAAAUUUGAAGGAUGCAUCUGUAUUACCUGAUUUGUGCCUGAGUCAUGCAAAUCAGUUGAUGAUUAUGUUGCAGAAUCAUAGAAAAUUGUUGGAUAUUAAACAGAAGUGUACCACUGCCAAACAAGAACUAGCAAAUAAUUUACAUGUCAGACUAAAGUGGUGUUGCUUUGUGAUGCUUCAUGCUGAUCAGGAUGGAGAGAAAUUGCAAGCAUUGCUCCGUCUUGUAAUAGAACUGUUAGAAAGAGUCAAAAUUGUUGAAGCUCUUAGUACAGUUCCUCAAAUGUAUUGCCUAGCUGUUGUUGAAGUUGUAAGGAGAAAAAUGUUCAUUAAACACUACAGAGAGUGGGCUGGUGCUCUAGUCAAAGAUGGAAAGCAGUUGUAUGAGGCUGAAAAGUCCAAAAGGGAAUCCUUUGGGAAAUUAUUUAGGAAGUCUUUUUUAAGAAACCGUCUGUUUAGGGGACUGGACUCCUGGCCCCCUUCCUUUUGUACUCAGAAGCCUAGAAAGUUUGACUGUGAACUUCCAGAUAUUUCAUUAAAAGAUUUACAGUUUCUGCAGUCAUUUUGUCCUUCAGAAGUUCAGCCAUUCCUCAGGAUCCCUUUACUUUGUGACUUUGAACCUCUUCACCAGCAUGUACUUGCCCUACACAAUUUGGUAAAAGCCGCACAAAGUUUGGACGAAAUGUCACAGACCAUUACAGAUCUGCUGAAUGAACAAAAGGUAUCUGUCAGUCAGUCGUCCCCACAAUCAGCCUCUUCCCCAAGGAUAGAAAGUGCAACAGGAAUUACAACUACUACCUCACCAAGAACUCCUCCUCCACUCACUGUUCAGGAUCCCUUAUGUCCUGCAGUAUGCCCCUUAGAAGAAUUAUCUCCAGAUAGCAUUGAUGCACAUACAUUUGAUUUUGAAACUAUUCCCCAUCCAAACAUAGAACAAACUAUUCACCAAGUUUCUUUAGACUUGGAUUCGUUAGCAGAGAGUCCUGAGUCAGAUUUUAUGUCUGCUGUGAACGAGUUUGUGAUAGAAGAAAAUUUAUCAUCUCCUAAUCCUAUAAGUGAUCCACAAAGUCCAGAAAUGAUGGUGGAAUCACUUUAUUCAUCAGUCAUCAAUGCAAUCGAUAGUAGACGAAUGCAGGAUACAAAUACUUGUGGUACAGAGGAUUUUGGAGGUCGUGCUUCUCUGAAUGUCCGAUUGGAAAAAUGUAGAGUUGUUGCCCAAGAAUCUCACUUCAGUAUACAGACUAUCAAGGAAGACCUUUGCCACUUCAGAACAUUUGUACAAAAAGAGCAGUGUGACUUCUCAAAUUCUUUAAAAUGUACAGCACUAGAAAUAAAAAACAUUAUUGACAAAGUAAAAUGCUCCUUGGAAAUAACACUAAAAGAAAAGCAUCAAAAGGAACUACAGACUCUAAAAAGUGAAUAUGAAGGGAAACUUGAUGCACUAGUAAAGGAGAGUGAAGAAAAUGAAAAGAAAAUUAAAAAACUGAAAGGAGACUUAGUAUGCCUUGAGGAAGUGUUACAAAAUAAAGAUAAUGAAUUUGCCCUGAUUAAGCAUGAAAAGGAAGCUGUCAUUUGUAUGCAGAAUGAGAAAGAUCAGAAACUGUUGGAGAUGGAAAAUAUUAUGCACACUCAGGAUUGUGAAAUUCAAGAACUGAAACAGUCACGAGAGAUAGUGUUAGAAGACUUGAAAAAACUCCAUGUUGAAAGUGAUGAGAAAAUAGAAUUAUUGAGGGCAGAACUUCAGUGCUUAGAGCAAAGCCACCUAAAGGAAUUGGAGGACACACUGCAUGUCAGGCAUACACAAGAGUUUGAGAAAGUUAGGACAGACCACCAAGUUUCCUUGGAGAAAUUGAAACAGGAAAAUCAACAAAGAAUUGAUCAAAUACAAGAGUUUCAUGCCACAACUGUUCAGGAAAAAGAACAACAGCUGCAGGAAUUGAAACUCAAGGUUUCUGAUUUGUCAGACAUGAGAUGCAAGUUAGAGGUUGAACUUGCAUUGAAGGAAGCAGAAACUGAUGAAAUAAAAAUUUUGCUGGAAGAAAGCAAAACACAGCAGAAAGAGACUUUGAAAUCCCUUCUUGAACAAGAGACCGAGACUUUGAGAACAGAAAUAAAUAAACUAAACCAAAAAAUUCAAGAUAAUAAUGAAAAUUAUCAGGUGGGUCUAGCUGAGCUAAGAGCUUUAAUGACAAUUGAAAAAGAUCAAUGCAUUUCAGAGUUAAUUAGUCGGCACGAAGAAGAAUCUAAUCUACUUAAAACUGAAUUAGACAAAGUAACAUCUUUGCAUAACCAAGCAUUUGAAAUAGAAAAGAACUUAAAAGAACAAAUAGUUGAAUUGCAGAUUAAAUUGAACUCCGAAUUGAAUGUUCUUGAAAAACAAAAGGAUGAACAAAUCACCCAACAAGAAGAGAAAUAUGAAGCUAUUAUACAGAACCUUGAGAAAGACAAAGAGACAUUGCUCAUAAACCAUGAACAAGACAAAGAACAGUUAAUCCAGAAGCUUAAUUGUGAAAAAGAUGAAGCUAUUCAGUCUGCACUGAGAGAAUUUAAAUUGGAGAGAGAAGUUGUGGAAAAAGAAUUAUUAGAAAAAAUAAAACAUCUUGAGAAUCAAAUAGCAAAAAGUCAUACCAUUGAAUCUACCAGAGAAGAUGCUUCAGGUUUAGUUGCUGAACUUCAAGAAAAACUUCAAGAAGAAAAAGCUAAGUUUCUAGAACAACUUGAAGAGCAAGAAAAAAGAAAGAAUGAAGAAAUGCAAAAUGUUCGAACAUCGUUGAUUGCUGAGCAACAGACCAAUUUCAACACUGUUUUGACAAGAGAGAAAAUGAGGAAAGAAAACAUAAUCAAUGAUCUUAGUGAUAAAUUAAAAAGUACAAUGCAACAACAAGAGAGAGAUAAAGAUCUGAUAGAAUCUCUUUCUGAAGAUAGAGCUCGGUUGCUUGAGGAGAAGAAGAAGCUUGAAGAAGAAGUCAGUAAGUUGCGUAGUAGCAGUUUUAUUCCUCUUCCACAUAUAACUGCUGCCCCAGAGCUUUAUGGAGCUUGUGCUCCUGAAUUCCCGGGUGAGACAGAAAGACAAGCCAUGGACACAGCAGAGGAAGGAAGAGUGGAUUCAACAAUGGAGACAAGCAUGAUGUCUGUGCAAGAAAAUAUCCAUAUGCUGUCUGAAGAAAAGCAGAGAAUAAUGCUCUUAGAACGAACACUACAGUUAAAAGAAGAAGAAAAUAAACGGUUAAACCAAAGGCUGAUGUCUCAGAGCAUGUCUUCAGUAUCUUCAAGGCAUUCGGAAAAGAUAGCUAUUAGAGAUUUUCAGGUGGGAGAUUUGGUGCUCAUUAUCCUAGACGAGCGCCAUGACAAUUAUGUGUUGUUUACUGUUAGCCCUACUUUGUAUUUUCUGCAUUCAGAAUCUCUGCCUGCUCUUGAUCUCAAACCAGGUGAGGGAGCUUCAGGUACAUCUAGAAGACCCUGGGUACUUGGAAAAGUAAUGGAAAAGGAAUACUGUCAAGCUAAAAAGGCACAAAACAGAUUUAAAGUUCCUUUAGGGACAAAGUUUUACAGAGUGAAAGCUGUGUCAUGGAAUAAGAAAGUAUAGCAUCUGGAAGAAGUUACUACAUUCUAUUUCAUUUUCUGAUUUGUCCUCCAGUGCUCAUUAAUCACUUCAAAAACACGCCAUCUUUUUAUAUAAAAUCAACAUAAUAUACUUCAUUGGUGUACAACACUUACUUUUUAACUGGCUACAUAUUAGGAACAAUAAAUUCAUCAAAAUCCUUGGCUGAAUUAAAAUGGCUUUGUUUUGGUUUAUUUUUUUACCCAGAUAACUCUAGAAAUGCGGACCAAACUAUUUCAUUUUCUCAAAGGGCAGACCCUGUGCAUUGUGGCUUAUGACUAGCCAUACUAAUUGCCUGUUAAAUAUACAUUAUUAGCUUGAACUUUAGAUGUAUAUGUUGCCUAUUACCAGCAUUUGUCCUUUUGUGAAAUCAGUAUCAGAAUACUUGCACUCUUCAAUACGUUCUUUAUAAAAUGUAUAAAUUCUUCAAAACUA